AGCUGACAGGAGGAGAGCGGGCGAGAGACUCGGGACUCGGCUCCGGCAGGCAAGAGGCGGGGCGGAAGAGGCAGCGCAAGGCGGCGUUGUGCGCUCUGCUGCUCCGGCCCGGCGGUGGGUGGAAGCCGGCACGGGAGGCCGGGGAGCCUAUGGCCGGGCCGCUGCUCCGGAGCGGGGUGCGCCGGUUCCCCUGGCUCUGCAACGUGCUGCUCUACGGCAGCCUCUUCUCGGCCGGGGACGCGGCUCAGCAGCUGCUGCGGCGACGCCCGGGGCAGGAGCCGGACUGGGCGCAGACCCGGCACGUGGCGCUGGUGGCCCUCAGCUUCCAUGGCAACUUCAACUACGUGUGGCUGCGGGGGCUGGAGCGGGCGCUGCCCGGCCGCGCGCCCGGCGCGGUGCUGGCCAAGGUGCUGUGCGACCAGCUGGUGGGGGCCCCUGUCGCCAUCCUGGCCUUCUACACGGCAGGCAUGAGUAUACUUCAGGGGAAAGAGAACAUUUUUUCCGACUGUAAAAAGAAAUUCUGGAAUACAUAUAAGACUGGACUGAUGUACUGGCCUUUUGUGCAGCUUUCAAACUUCGUUCUGGUCCCUGUUUACUUGAGAACAGCUUACACUGGGCUCUGUGGCUUUCUCUGGGCUAUCUUCAUUUGCUUUUCACAACAGAGCGGUGAUGGCACAGCAAAGUCGGCUUUUCGGUGGUUCCAAAAAGAGAAGGUCAAUGCAGAUGGAGAACCAUCAGAGAAAUGAGAAAGUUAUUUAAUGGAGUAUUUAUUUUAAAUGGUUAAACUGUGCUUGUAAAGGGCAAUGAAUUGCACCGCCAGCAGAUUUCUGUGUUUUAAAAUGAAUCUUCAUCCCAGUGCUCAGUGGUCAUUAUAUACAGUGGAAUAGUUUGGUUUUGCACCUGUUUAUUUUCACAGAAAAGAGGCCCAUUGUAUAUUGGUGUUUAAUUAUUUUCAUGCUGGCAGCUAGUCUCCUCUGGACAGCCACUUGCUUCUUACAGUGCAGUGAGAGCAUUUGCACAACAUGGUAGCCAGCCUCAUUGGGGAGAAAUAUUAGCUGUAAUUUAAUUUUCAAGCAACUUCUAAUUGCUAGAAAAGGGGGAUAGAACAUUAAAUCAUCUGUGUUUAUACUUGCCAGUUAUUAUGAGAGCAAGAUUCCUUUUGCAUUCACUGGAGUUUUCUCUGAAUUGCAGCCUAUGGUACUGAAUCUAUAUUUAUUCUGAGAAAAAAUUGUACUGUUUUUUUAUAGAAACCAAUUAUAACAUUUUUUAAACUCUUGCCUUAGUUUGCAAUGAGAAUCUGUACAAAGACAAUAACGUAGGCUUGCCAAAUUUACCAGCCUAAGCACAAAAUGUAUUUGCUCACCCUCUACAAUGAUCAAUGACAAGGAAAAAUUAACGAUAUUUUAUGUACUUGUCUAUUUAGCCUAGUUGCCCAAGUGGAUGAGUGAAUGGAAUUUUGCAAGGCUGAUGUAGCUGUGGAAUUGUUAUUGCUGUGUGUGUGUAUUUAAUAUCCUCAAGAUAAUGAGGCAAUUAAAAGAUGGCUUUAUUUAUUCUGGUUAGUACUUUUAAAAUCAACAUUAUAUUUGGAUAUUUGAAUUCCUUUUCAGUAAGAUUCGUAGUGUAUGGAGUAUGGGUGAAUGUCUAUGAUAGAGACAAUACAUACUCAAAAGCAAAUUAGAAAUAAUGUGCUCAUAUUAAUGCUUUUUGUGAUAAUUCUAUUAUAGGUAGUGCUUUUAUUUUUAUUUCUGCAUGUGCCUUAAAUGUAUAGUGAUAAACUGCAUUCAUUUAGAAGAAAGGGAGGAGUACCAUUUCAGGGAAAAUAAGAGCUGACAUUAGGGAAAUUGACAAGGUUUUCAAGAAAGAGUAAACACAAUCUCUAUGUGAUCUGUGGUAAGAUGCCAUAUGCUGCGAUGUGGAAAGCAUUCCAUUGGUGAUCGUUUUUGAACUUUUACCAAUAAAUGUGACAGCUAUCAGGAUUGCAAAUAAUAAGAAAUAAGGUUCAGUUUGAUAUCAGAUUACUAAUCCCUCCCACAGAGUUGAAAGACAACACCAUCAGUUAUUUCCUGUUCCCUGUUUCUUUACCUUGUCAGCAUGCACAAAAUGAAAAUGUUAUUAAGAAUAUAGUUCUUGGAGAAAAAAUGAUGACUGAGAUAUAAUGUUGCUUUGCUGUGUGCUGUUAACAAUAUGCCAAGUUCCACCCUUGAAGUAGCUGCAAUUCAUUAGUGGAUGAAAUGAUUCAUAUACAGUUAUAAUUGUUAGUAGAAUUUGUAAUGAGUGGAACACCCCUCUUUUAUUUUUAAAGCUUUGGAUGUUUAUACAUGCUGUGCACUAGUGCUGUAAACUUUUCUGAUGCCAGUUAUUCAGAAACUUGGCUUAAAUAGGAUUUUUGUCUGGGUAAGAACUUCAGGAUUUAUCUCCAUGUUUCUUCUGUUUGCAGUAUAUAGAAGGUAGUUCUUUGUUCCUUUUCUCUUUUGUGUAAUCACACUGGAGCAUGUAGUUCUCAUGUUUCAGUGAACUUAAGAAUCUAAAAAGAAAAGGAGUACUUGUGGCAUAGAGACUAACCAAUUUAUUUGAGCAUAAGCUUUUGUGAGCUACAGCUCACUUCAUCGGAUGCAUACUGUGGAAAAUACAGAAGAUGUUUUUAUACACACAGACCAUGAAAAAAUGGGUGUUUAUCACUACAAAAGGUUUUCUCUCCCCCCACCCCACUCUCCUGCUGGUAAUAGCUUAUCUAAAGUGAUCACUCUCCUUACAUCCUUUUACUCCCCCCGUUUCUCUUGAAAAGGGCUACAUAAGUAACACUAAUCUCUCCUCCUGUUCUAAAACCUCUUUGUAAUCACUAGCUUUGGCAGUUAGUAGGACUGUUUCAGGGGUGGGAGAUGCAAAACAAUGUGGCUAUCUUGGGCCAGAUCCUCAGCUGGUGUAAAUUGGCAUAGCUCCUUUGAAGUUUUUGGAGCUCUGUCAGUGUACACCAUCUGAAGAUUUGGCCCCUUAGUUUUUGGAAAUACUGUAAUUUCUUACCACUUUAUAGAUUAGGAGACUCUAAUAUGACUUUUCCUACAAAUGCACACUUGUAUUUGCCUCCUCUGCAAAGCAGGGCUAAUGAGUUGGCGAUACAGUACUUAACAACAAGAACAUCCAAAAUAUCAAACCGUGGACUGGCAGCUGGGCAGGAUUGCCCUCGUGCCUGUUUGGAUGCAUGUUUCAUAGGUGGUCCCAGAGAGCCCACAUAAAGGAGCCGCAAUAGACUUAAUGCCAACUGAACACUACACAGAAUUCACCAAAAAAAGUAUGGCUAGAUAAAAGAAGUCAAGAUGGUGCUCAGCAAAAGGAGGGAGCUCUCUGCCAACAGCUAUCAGGCAUGUAUUCACAUGACACCUCCAUUUCAUGGGGUUGUUUCUAAGAUCAAAUGAGUAGCGAAGACAAAUUCUGACCAGGUGUGACAGCAACUCGGUUUUAUUCAGUGUAGCUGUGUAGUUUAUACAGGGUCUGAAUUUGGCCAAAUGAGAAUUUGAAAGUCUGUUUUCCAAUUACACUAAUUUAAAAAAAAUGUACUUUCCUAUAUCAUUUUGAUAUCUGAGUCACAUUCUGCUAGGAGUUCAGGCUGGUGUCUAGAAAAAGCCCAGCAGAGUUUUUCCUGCCCUGGAAAGCAGCACUCACUGACAUUGCCCAGAACCUUAGGUUUCACAGUAUGGUGCAUGAGAAGCUGCUUGGCUCAUCCAUAUACAUCACAUUCUGAUGGGCACCAUCUAAGUAUGUAUAGCAUAAUAAUAAUAAUAAUAAUAUUGGUGCCACAUUUGCAACCUGGAAAGCUUCUACCUUCCCAUUCUCUGCUGGUACAGCCAAUUCCCGCUUUAUGGCAAUGGGAAAAGGGGUACAAGGAAUAUUCAUAUAUUAGGAUGGGAAACAUCCAUUUAAUUUUACUUGGAAAAUGGUUGUAUAUUUGCAGAGAAUCAGUAAACAGUAAAAGUCAUUAUUUGGACAUGGUUAUCUUUAGUGGUGUGUGUAUAAACCCAUGCUUUUGUGAAAAGUUCCAUGGGAUCUUCAUUGACCACAAGCGAAGACCUUAGUUUUAUGUCACACCUAGAAGAUGGCACCUCCUACUGCAUGGUCCUUAUCACAAAGAGCAGGUUAUGGGAUUAUUAGGAUAAGGAUUAUUAACCCCAUUUUACAGGUGGGGAAAUUGAGUCUCAAAGAUUAAUGACAUACUGAGGGUCAUUCAGCAAUUCAGGGGCAGAGCCAAGAACAGAAUCCAGAACUCCUGCCUUCAAAGCCUUAUGCUAUAGCCACUGGACUCUGCUCCCUCUCAGAUUAGAAGCAAAUAGAAAUCUGGGAUUAUUAUUAUUUUAUUAGAUAAUAAGUAAUAUAUUUCCAGACGCGAGCAUGGACAUUAGGGAGGAAAGAAAGGCAUAAAAUGAAAACUUCAAUAGAUGUGUAAAAUAAACAUGCAAAGGGUAGAAUCAUAGAAUCAUAGAAUAUCAGGGUUGGAAGGGACCCCAGAAGGUCAUCUAGUCCAACCCCCUGCUCAAAGCAGGACCAAUUCCCAGUUAAAUCAUCCCAGCCAGGGCUCUGUCAAGCCUGACCUUAAAAACCUCUAAGGAAGGAGAUUCUAUCACCUCCCUAGGUAACGCAUUCCAGUGUUUCACCACCCUCUUAGUGAAAAAGUUUUUCCUAAUAUCCAAUCUAAACCUCCCCCACUGCAACUUGAGACCAUUACUCCUCGUUCUGUCAUCUGCUACAAUUGACAACAGUCUAGAGCCAUCCUCUUUGGAACCCCCUUUCAGGUAGUUGAAAGCAGCUAUCAAAUCCCCCCUCAUUCUUCCCUUCUGCAGGCUAAACAAUCCCAGCUCCCUCAGCCUCUCCUCAUAACUCAUGUGUUCCAGUCCCCUAAUCAUUUUUGUUGCCCUUCGCUGGACUCUCUCCAAUUUAUCCACAUCCUUCUUGAAGUGUGGGGCCCAAAACUGGACACAGUACUCCAAAUGAGGCCUCACCAAUGUCGAAUAGAGGGGAACGAUCACGUCCCUCGAUCUGCUCGCUAUGCCCCUACUUAUACAUCCCAAAAUGCCAUUGGCCUUCUUGGCAACAGGGGCACACUGCUGACUCAUAUCCAGCUUCUCGUCCACUGUCACCCCUAGGUCCUUUUCCGCAGAACUGCUGUCUAGCCAUUCGGUCCCUAGUCUGUAGCUGUGCAUUGGGUUCUUCCGUCCUAAGUGCAGGACCCUGCACUUAUCCUUAUUGAACCUCAUCAGAUUUCUUUUGGCCCAAUCCUCCAAUUUGUCUAGGUCUUUCUGUAUCCUAUCCCUCCCCUCCAGCGUAUCUACCACUCCUCCCAGUUUAGUAUCAUCCGCAAAUUUGCUGAGAGUGCAAUCCACACCAUCCUCCAGAUCAUUUAUGAAGAUAUUGAACAAAACCGGCCCCAGGACCGACCCUUGGGGUACUCCACUUGAUACCGGCUGCCAACUAGAUAUGGAGCCAUUGAUCACUACCCGUUGAGCCCGACAAUCUAGCCAGCUUUCCACCCACCUUGUAGUGCAUUCAUCCAGCCCAUACUUCCUUAACUUGCUGACAAGAAUACUGUGGGAGACCGUGUCAAAAGCUUUGCUAAAGUCAAGAAACAAUACAUUCACUGCUUUCCCUUCAUCCACAGAACCAGUAAUCUCAUCAUAAAAGGCGACAAAGGUAGUGGAAGUGUGUUCGACACUGCUAAAUUUAAUCGUUUAUUUGUGAAAUUCUUGAAGAGGAAACUGUCCAAUGGAUUUGAGGCAGUCUGAAGUAAACAACAUGUAGUACAAUGGGACAACAAUUUAAACUACUUGUGCAAAUGCCUGUGGGUUUAGAAUUGGUUGUAAUCUCUCAGGAGAAAGAUCUGUGGGUCAUUGUGAACAGCUCAAUUAAGAUGCUUGCUCAAUUUAUACCAGUGAUUAAAAAAGCAAAUGAGACGAUGGAUUAUAUUAGGACAGAAAAAUAUUUAUUUCUGUGAACCCAUUCAAAGUAGUAGAUACUUUAUAUUAUUUUGAUAUUUAGAAAGGAAUUGUCCUCAGUGAAAACAUUUUGUGCUUCUCUGAAUGGAAAUGAGUUUUGCAAAUAAAACCAAAUCUACAAAUUUUAUAAAAUGAGGCAGAGCAACUUUCACAAACAAGAGGUGCUGGAAUCUUCCUGUAUUUGGAGGUGUUUGUUUCGGUGCUUCAUAAUAAUACAUUAACCCUUUUCUCUACUGGUUCUAUAGGUCAUCUGCUGCACUAUCAUCACUCCACUGAUGUCAGUAUAGUAUUGGAGGUGCCUGGCAGACAGAGCAGCAAAGGAAGUGCAUUUCACGCCCCAUACCUAUAAUACAAUAUGUACAGAUUAGCAUCAGUGGAGUCUUUUUUUAGUGAACUCACAUACAGUGAAAACACCUUUCUAGGGAAGCAGAAUGGAAGUCCAAAACGGCCUCCCAUUGUAAUGUGCAAAUUCCAGUUCUGGUUCUAGUGAUCCUCUACUUAGAAUGAAGUUGUUCAGUGAGAAAUUGUUACAAUAUAAGAGGGCCCCACUGUAGUAAGUGUUUGCAAAAUGAAGUGAUUACAAUGUAACACCAGUGUCUAAGGAAAAAGCCAGAUUUACCUACAGUGUAGAAUGUGUGCAAAUAUGAAGAUAGAAUGAUAAAUGUGAGAAUUGGAACAUUGUUAGCAAUGUAAUUACAUUGGAACUUCCAUAUAAUAAUUCUUUGCAUUUAUUUCUACAGCAUUUUUUAUCUGAGCUGCUCAAAGCCUUUUACGAACAUGAAGGGGGAAAAUCCUCUUCUUAGCACCCACCCAGAAUAAUUGGGCUGGGGACUGAUGAUCUUUGAGGGAACAGAGAGGUAAUCCUCUUCUAGAGAGCCUGCCCUGAGGCCCACUUCCCAGUCUCAGGAAUAGAGUAGUCUCUGCAGUUCUUGCGGCCCACUCCAGGGAAGUGGGAAGGAUUUGGUCAGUGACCCAAUGAUCCUGUACCCAAGAAGCCGAGCACAGUAACACAGCUAGUCUACACUGAACAGUUUGAACUAUGACACACAUAGUUUCCAACCCACAUGAACUUCCAAAACAUGUACACACAGCACAACUACAGGGUUCAACAGCAUCUGAGACUCUUCUGCAUGUGGAGAGAUGGCAGCUUUUGCCCUGAAUUAGUUAACCCUCUGUCAAGGUUCCUUCCUGACUCUGAACUCUAGGAAACAGAUGUGGGGACCUGCAUGAAAAACCCCCUAAGCUUAUUUUUACCAGCUUAGGUUAAAACUUUCCCAAGGUACAAACUAUUUUACCUUUUGCCCUUGGACUUUAUAGCUGCCACCACCAAGCGUCUAACAAAUAUAUAACAGGGAAAGAGCCUGCUUGGAAAAGUCUUUCCCCCCAAAAUCUUCCCAAACCCUACACCCCCUUUCCUGGGGAAGGCUUGAUAAACAUCCUCACCAAUUUGCAUCGGUGAACACAGACCAAACCCCUUGGAUCUUCAGAACAAUGAAAAAGCAAUCAGGUUCUUAAAAGAAGAAUUUUAAUUGAAGAAAAAGUAAAAGAAUCACCUCUGUAAAAUCAGGAUGGUAAAUACCUUACAGGGUAAUCCGAUUCAAAACAUAGAGAAUCCCUCUAGGCAAAACCUUAAGUUACAAAAAGACACAGAAACAGGAAUAUACAUUCCAUUUAGCACAGCUUAUUUUAUCAGCCAUUUAAAGAAAACAGAAUCUAAUGCAUAUCUAGCUAGAUUACUUACUAAGUUCUAAGACUCCAUUCCUUUUCUGUUCCCAGCAAAAGCAUCAUACAGACAGAGAGAACCUUUGUUUCUGCCCCCCCCCCCCAGCUUUGAAAGUAUCUUGUCUCCUCAUUGGUCAUUUUGGUCAGGUGCCAGCAACAUUAUCCUAGCUUCUUAACCCUUUACAGGUGAAAGGGUUUUUUCUCUGGCCAGGAGGGAUUUAAAGGUGUUUACCCUUCCCUUUAUAUUUAUGACACCCUCCCAAUGCCCUUUUCUGACUAGUUGAUGGCUGGGGAAACUGAGGCACACAUGAUUUCCCCAUGGUCAUACAGGGAGCAUAUGGUAGAGGACAUUCAUUCCCUAACCCCUGUUCCUGAGCUUUUAUCAGAAGACCAGUUUCCCCCCUGACUGCACCUGUGGUAGUGAUGCCACAGGCUUUUUAGGUGGAGCUUUCUUCCCCUUACUUUCACGUUUCCCACUAGUGCAUGGCUUAUGUAACAUCUUCAGUCUUUCUCUCAUCCUUGUUUAGUGGUUGAGAUUGAGGAAUCUAUUUUUCUGGCAUUCCUCUAAUGCUUGUGGUGUUCUCAUCUCACCAUUACUUUAACAGCCCAAUCCUACAGCCGUAGCUCAGGCAAAACUGCCAUAUAAUUCAAUAUGUGUGGUUUGUCUGUUUUAGGAUUGCAUGCUCAGGCCCUUGAUAUAGUCUUGGUAAUGAUGGGGUUUGAUAUCUCACUCUCUGCAAUAAGCACCACAUUUACUUAUCUAAUAAAAUAUGCUCGUCUGCUUCCAUUUCAUGCAUCACAUACUUUUAUUUUCACAUCCAAAGCACAACAAGAUUGUUAGCUGUACCUGAGCUGCCAUAGUAGGCCAGUGAUAUUGUUUGAAGGACUUUACAUUAAUUACAUGCUCGAUUGAAAAUGGUCACAAUACACAGUGAUGAGAGACUAGUAGAGUGUAGUAAUUACAUCUGAUGUUAUGUGGAAGUACUUGUACUGUUCCAGUGCAAUAUUUCUCUGAUUUUUCAGAAUCCUCCUUACAGAACAAAUCAGUCACUUGGAGAUGAAUUUUUAAAUGUAUUUAGGCACUUAAAGAUGCAGAUAGGCACUUAGUGGGAUUUUCAAAAGCUCCUAGCCUCUGACUCCCACUGGGAGCUCAAUCCUGCACAACUCCCAAAGGGAGUUAGGGGUCUGGGUGCUUUGAAGUUUCCAUUAGGUGCCUAUCUGCAUCUGUAGGUGUCUAAAUAAAUACUGUUUAAAAUCUGGCCUUUAGACAGUUGUGAAUACCCUGAGGGACAUGGAUCACCUGUAGCUCCCCCUAGCACAGAGGAGCACAGGGGCUACUUUGCAUGUCUCUCCUGGCGCAAGCAUCCCGUAUGGAACAGGUAGGAGGUAGGGUGCUGUGCUGGCACAGAGAAUGGACUGGCUGCAUUUAGUGGAUCAUGUUGCACUGUCCUUGCAGAUGAUAUAGCUUGCAUAGUCCCAUAUUCACCAGGCUGUUGAGGGAGGGAAUUACAUCUCCCUUAGACCUGUGGGGCUGUACAGUUCCACAUUGUCCACUGCCCAGCCCAGUGAAUAAAUGGCACAAUUUGACCAUCAGACUGAAGCAGGAGAUUGGAAGAUUAUAGCUGCCAUUUCAAGGUGAAGGAGAUAAGAGAAUAUUAAGAGGAAGGGACAGGCAUACCUAUUGUAUGGCAUGUGUAAAAUUGCUCUUAUACUGAAUUGGGUUUUUUUGUUGUCCUUGUAGUUUUAUUUUUUUGUGGACCAGCAACAAAAUAACAUAUCCUUCUUCUAUGCCUCUGGGCCUGUGAACGUUUUUGAGCUCUCAUGUAAGAUCAGCGCUUGUGCAGGAGAAAUGGAUGUCCACAUGCAAUUACCUUUAAUUUUUAGACUUUCUAAUGCCAAUGCAGGUAAACUCAGGCCCUAAGUGAGAUGGCAGAGUGAUACUGUGUUGGCAUGUUUUAUAUGACUUUUUAUUUUAACAGAAGUAUCUGUGUAUUAAAAUUCAAUACACUAUUGUACACUUUUGUUAGCAUGCAACCUAUCAUAUGCUAGACCCUGUAUCUUUGUGUAAUUCAGGAAUCUGGUUUUCUGUGAAUCUAUUAUCACCUGUAAAGGUUUGGACUCACUCCUAUGGCGCCUCCUGCUGGCAGUCAUUGGGAAUUAGCUCAUCCAGCCCCACAGCGCCCUCUGCAGCCCGGUGAUCCGCCUUACCGCCAGCCCCUGUGUCCCUCCCAGGACCCGGUGUCCCUUUCUCUGGCAGUACCCCCACACUCUCAGGUUCUGGGUCUCCCCACCCAGAGGAACCCCCACCCUCUAACUCCACCUUGCCUCAGUUUGGGCUACUGCCAGUCCCCACUUAGCCCCUUGUAUCAGGGGCAGACUGCAGUGUAUAUGCCAUUCAUCACAGGCAAGGGGGUUUGGACCUGCUACCCAUGGGCUGCCCCUCUGCAACCCUGCACCUAUUCAGCCUGUAAUCAGGCCUGCAGCCUGAGGCUUUCCAGGCCGGGGCUCCCAGCUCCUCUGGCCCUUCCCCAGCCCUGCUCCAAUCUGGGUGUGCUGCUCAGCACCUUGCAGCCAGGCCCUUCUCCCUCUCCAGGCAGAGGAAGACUGACUGGGCUCCUGGCUCACAGCCUCUUAUGGGGCCAGCUGGGCCUGACUGAGCUGGCCACAGCUGCGGCUGCUCCCUUAAUCCGGCUGGGCUUUUCCCCCACAGCCCCAGCCCUGUCAGGGCCGGAGCGGGUAAUCACCCCGCUACACCACCCAACACUCAUGUAAAAACUCUGCUUUAAAAAAAAAAAAAAAAAAGCAAGAUAAUGGCUCACCUACAUGACAAGCUGCUGAAAUUGGUCCAAAGAUGGAAAAAUGUGAGUAUUAUACUGAGGACUUUAUUACCAGUACUAUUUGUAAUAUAUGCAACUUUUGCAAGUCAAGGAAAAGUAAAGAUAAUAUGAUGGCUUUUAGCGUACUGCUGUAAAAUUUACAAUCAAAGAGCAAAGUGUGACUGUAGCAUGAGUUUACUAAGAAAAAUAAAAAGUCCGAUAUCUUUUGUUGUGGUCCAAAGUACUGUCAGAUGAAACUCGGUCAUUAACCCUCAACUGGGCAACUCAAACUGUUUCCGUUCUAUCUGCUUGGACCUGCAUAUGCCCAUGUAGAUGGAAUACCAGUUUGUACUUCUAGGGCUCCUGUAUUUUGUAUUCUGUAAUCUGACCUUCCACACAGCAGAAUGGAUGCUAAGUAAAUAGAUUUUUUUUAAAA